AUGGCCCACGAUGUGAACCAGCUGGAUCCGGCCAUAAAGAACCUUCCUCCGCUCCUCAAUGAGUGGUCGGAGACAAACCCGCAGUCGCCGUCAGGAAGAAGCCCCACUCCCUGCAGUGGCGCUAUUGAUGCCGCUGGCGCCUCACAGCACCCGCCGGUCAAGACUUGCACUUCGCCGCGUCCGCGACAACAGCCCAACUACUCUUUACCGUCCCAACACCCGCACCAGCAGCAUCUCAAUCCCCAAGAGCUCGCCCGUCACCAUUUUCCCGGCUCUGUUCCUGCCGCCCCACAUCGCGGUCUCCCACUGUAUCCCCAAGGGCCUUCUCUGUCUGGCCCACAUGCGGAAGGCGUCGCUUCUCCGCAUGCCGUCUCCUCGCCUCACCACUCCACCGUCCAACGGAACUCAGGCCUUCCAGACGAGCGCCUUCCACUGUCCCAGCUGCCGCACAGUGGUAAGCCCGCAGGCUCCCCACGGUGUUGCACAUCGGGGGGACUGAGUGCCGACGCAGUGCAUGAGUCGGCGCGGCAACUCGCCAGUCACGAAGAAAGAGCGUUUCCUUGUGGCGUGGCGGGUGUCGACCCUGUUACACGGGAGGUAACGCCGCCGGUACGGCUGUAUUCUUUCGGAGACAACAGCGGUGCAUCGACGCCUGCGUCUGGGGUCUCAGGAGGAAUUCGUCCCUCAACUAGGCUGAUCGAGAACUACGCGAGGCACGCCAGAGCAGGCGGCGGGGAGCGGCUCGACAGCGCCUCGCUUCUGCCUCCGCCGCACCCCUCAGUGACGCCGAGCGCCUGCGGGCCCCACGAGUCGCUCCAUGGGGCCGAGCUUUCGGUGGGCGGCCAGGCGCGCGCGCCAGGCGCCGGAGCUCCUUUCUCGCCGCUUCCUGCGGACCCACAAGAUGGCGGCUUUCCGCCCGUCUUGGACGGCGUGGUUCGCGAGCAAAAGGGAACGGGAGGAUCCUUGCUCUGUGAUUCCUGGCUCUGGCCUCAGCAAACCGCGGGGCAUCCGCUCUCAGCGCCUAGGGAUGCGUCAGGUGUGAUGGAGGCAGCCGGCUGGUCAGCGGCCAGUCCGUCGUCGCUGCUCUCCGGGGUGGUCUCGGCAGCGGGCGGCGCGUUUUCGGAGUUAUCUGAGCCGGGCACACAGCGCCACCAGGACCACGCGCUUUUAUACGAACUGCAAAGGGAUGGCAGUUCUGAAAGCCGACGAGGCUCGAAUGGCGAGUUUUACCCGGGGAACUGUGACCCGUUCGAUCACUUGUGGGCUCUCCUAGACGACUCGCCUGGCCCGGCAAGCACCGAGUUUCGCGGGACGAGCAGUAGCCUGAACAACCGGAUGCUUGAUCUGCACUCGCCGGCAAGGUCACUCUGCGAUUCCGGCGUGGAUGCGGGCGUUGCUGACGUUUUCCGCGUGGGCAACUCUUUGAGUGAACUGAUCGGAACGGAAAAGCGCGAGGCGGCAGAAGGUUUCCGAGACUCGCGCUCAACGGAGUGCAGCCAAAGUCUCAACCAUAAUCGUGCAAACUGGUCCGGCGCGGGAACAGACGCCGCCUCAGAGGGUGAGAGCCCUGGACGUUUUCCUGACGUUGGCGUGUCUGGUGCGAAAAGGCCCGACAGUGCGACGUGCAGCCCGAAGGCGUGUGCAGGAAACAUUUCUUCGCCUACGAGUGUCUCUUCGCCGCUAGGCGCUUGCGGCCGAAUUGGCGGCGGCACCUUUGGUCUCUCUUCUACCGCGAGCAGUGGUGUCGGGUCUGCACACUCGGGAAGGGAACCGUUCUUGUCGCAGGCGCGGCAGGUCCGGAGUGUCUCUCCGUCGGACGCGGCGCCGGCAUCCGGAUUUUCCGUUGGGGGUGAAGCGGCUGCGGCGGCGGGCGGUGAGCAGAGCCCGCCCACACAGCGAGCGGGGAAGGGGAGUGCGGAGAGCGAAGGCGUUGCGGGUUUGUGCACCCCGGUGCUUUCGGCAGGAACGGGAUUGUGGGAGGAGAGUUCUAGGUGUUCUACGGGCACAGCGCUGGGGCGGGAAACGAGCCUUCGGAGCCAGGCGUGCUGUAGCCCAAGCAACAGCAACAGAAGCUAUACGAGCAACUACAGCACAAGUCUCGGGACCAGUCGAAACGGAGGCAGCGAUGUGGCCAAUGGAGAAGGAAUUCAACAGGGAGUCCGUAGCUGCUUUGAAGUCAUGGGAGGAGGGAUCCAGGGCGCGCCAGGCCUGUGGACUCUGGCAGCACGGGCUGGGACCGAAACCUCCUCCGAUCCUGCAGGGUCAUCGGACGAGCACGUCGAUGAAGCUGAUGCUGCACAUCUAGCAGAGUUCUUCCUCAACGCGCCGCUGAUGUAG